AAGCUUUUUUCUUCUUCAUUGAAUCAUCCGACUGUUGGGGACUCCAGGUAACACUUUUCAUUUCUUUGUUGCAUCAGAUCAUCUUCCUGCAUCAGUUUCAGAGUAUCUUUAGCAUGUCGAUAUGUACCUCUGGAGCACAUGGAAGCAAAUAAUAGUUGUAAUGGUUUUAACCAUAAUUGUGAAAUGUAACUGAAUACUUAUACUGUGUAUAUGCACUCUCCUUUGUACUACAUCUGCUGAACAGCAGUUUCCCUCUGGAUAAAGUUCUAUUUGAUUUUAUUGUUGAAAUCUAACACAUUCACAAUUAUUGUUGUAAUCACUCCUCCAGAAUUCCAAUAGGACACAUAUUACACAAGUAAUAAUGAAUAAUAAGAGUAUAUAAUGUUGAAACACAUGGUCUGUAUCACACUAAGACAUGGAGUAAUACGUUGCUGGACACAGAUUUAUGCUUAACAAUUCACAAACGAUCUUCCUUUUUAUCUCUUAUGUGUUUUUCAACCGUCUCUCUCCCAGAGAACGUGGCCUUGCGUGGAAAGGCGACCCAGUCAGACCAUUAUGACCACGUGCGUGAGGCUCAUGCUUUCAAUGCUAUUGAUGGAAACCGUGAUACUAAUUUCCAUUUGGGAUCAUGCACCCACACUGAUGAAGAGACCAACCCCUGGUGGAGAGUGGACCUGCUGGACUCCUACAUCGUCACCUCCGUCAUCAUCACCAACAGAGGAGACUGCUGUGAGGAGAGGCUCAACGGGGCAAAGAUUCACAUCGGCAACUCUUUAGAGAACAACGGUGCCGCAAACCCAGUGAGAGAACCUGGCCCUCAGAGGAGACGCCUCACAGUCGUCAGUGUUUAAUUUUGGCGAUGCAUAUGCAGCCAUAGAUGGGAAUCCUAACAGCAAGUUGU